AUGGAGCUCUCUGAUGAACAAAACCUGAUCUUAGCUAAUGCUAAUCUUCUUCAAGCUAUUCAUUGGGAGGAGGAAUUCUAUAAACAAAAGGCAGCCAUUAAAAAGUUUGUUGAUGGGGAUAGGAAUACAAGGUUCUACCAUGCCUGUAUUAAACAAAGAAGACACUCCAAUACCAUCUUGAAGAUUAAAAAUCAUAAUGGCAGUUGGAUCGAGGGGGCUGAUCUAAUUCAUAGAGAUGCUAUAAACCACCUUCAGACUCUUUUAUCUGAACCUCAUGAGGCCAGUCUUCAAAACUUUGAUCCUAGUCUGCUUAAUGACAAAUUCUCUGAAAUUCACUGCUUGGACUUAACUUUUAUUCCUUUUGAGGAAGAAAUUUGGAAAGCUUUAUGUUCUAUUGAUGGUGAUAAAGUGGCUGGUGCAGAUGGUUUUACUUCUGCCUACCACAAAAAAACUUUGGAGGUAGUAAAAUUUGAUAUUGUGGAAACUGUUCAAGCUUUCUUCAGGGGGGAGGAAAUGCCACAUUACUUUGCUCAUUCCGCCAUAACUUUAAUCCCCAAGCGGAAUCAGAAAUCUAGUUGGGAUCAUUUUAGACCCAUAUCUCUUACAACUGUGUAG